CCAGAGCGGUCGCGUGGCCGGCCGGUGAUUGUAGUCAAUCUGGCCGAAUCCUCAGCCGCGGUCGCCGGGGGUGGACUACAUCUCCCGGGAUGCUCCGCGGUCCCUCCACGGACGGUUGUGAAUAUGUAUCAGAAUGUUAAUGAUUAGCCGCUGCUAAAUUUGGUCAAAGAAGUCACCUACACAGAGCGUGUUGUUAGAGCUGUUCUGAGCGGGUGUUUGAGCUGUUGGCUGCUUUCUUUCCCCUCUCUCACACACUUGUAUAUUAUUUUGAGGUGCUGUUCGCAGAGUUUGAAAAGAGAGAGAAUUAAAAAAAAAAAAGCCGCAAGCCUUCCACUCUCUUUUAUUUUUAUAAUCCCCUUCAAUUUGGGGUUAAAAAAAAGACGAGAAAACAGGAAGGAAGAAAAAUAAGGAAAUGAGAUGUGGUAAAAGAAGCUAAAAGGUGCCUUUUAAAAGAUCGUUGCUGUGAGGUGAAAAAAAAUCUCCAGAGAAACCAAAAAGCACCGCCGAGACCUCUUCCGAACCAAAGGAGUUUGUGUUUGCUUUUAGGAAAGAAGAGAGAGAUCAUUCAUUUGGAGGAAUAACAACCAAUUAAAAGGCAAAUAAAAAAAGUUUGGAGUGGGACGCCGACCGAGCCAGCGAGCGAGCGGGUGGCGCUGCCGGCGGGCGCUGGGGCGCGGAGCUCUCACUCUCCCCGCCCGGGUGAGCGGCGCGGCCGCGGCGCCGGGCUCGGCGGGCACGCCUCGGCGGAGCGAACGUCGGAGCGUUGCCGCGGGAGACGCGCGCCGGACAAUGCCCGCGGCGGGCCAGUGACGCCCGCGGGGAAUGCGGAGCGGCCCGGCUUCCCGCACCCAGCCGCCGCCGCCGCCGCCGCGCGUUUCUGCCGCCCGCGUCACGCGAGACCCGGCGGGGGCCGGGACCGCCCGAGCCGCCCCUCGGACCCGGCCGGCCGCCUCCGCCACCGCCGCUUUCGCCUCCUCCUUCUCGGGGCCAUUAAAGCCAAUGAGCCGCGCGCCUCUGCCCAGCGCAGCCAACUAAAUCGGUUUGGAUGAUUCGCGACCUGAGCAAGAUGUACCCGCAGACCAGACACCCGGCACCGCAUCAGCCUGCUCAACCCUUUAAAUUUACAAUUUCCGAGUCCUGUGAUCGGAUUAAGGAAGAGUUUCAGUUUUUACAGGCUCAAUACCACAGCCUGAAGCUGGAAUGUGAGAAACUUGCCAGUGAGAAGACAGAGAUGCAGCGGCAUUAUGUGAUGUAUUAUGAGAUGUCCUAUGGAUUGAAUAUAGAAAUGCACAAGCAGGCAGAGAUUGUCAAGAGGCUGAAUGCUAUCUGUGCACAAGUCAUUCCUUUCCUGUCCCAAGAGCACCAGCAACAAGUGGUGCAGGCUGUGGAACGGGCCAAGCAGGUGACCAUGGCAGAACUGAACGCCAUCAUUGGGCAGCAACAACUCCAGGCCCAGCAUUUAUCACAUGGACAUGGUCUGCCAGUGCCUCUGACCCCGCACCCUUCAGGGCUUCAGCCCCCUGCCAUUCCGCCCAUCGGUAGCAGUGCCGGCCUUCUGGCCCUCUCCAGUGCCCUCGGAGGCCAAUCUCACCUUCCAAUUAAAGAUGAGAAGAAGCACCAUGACAAUGAUCACCAAAGAGACAGAGAUUCCAUCAAGAGCUCUUCGGUAUCCCCGUCAGCCAGUUUUCGAGGUGCUGAGAAGCACAGAAACUCCACAGACUACUCCUCUGAUAGCAAAAAGCAGAAAACUGAAGAAAAGGAGAUCGCAGCUCGUUAUGACAGCGAUGGUGAGAAGAGUGAUGACAACUUGGUGGUUGACGUUUCCAAUGAGGAUCCAUCCUCACCUCGAGGGAGCCCUGCACAUUCCCCAAGAGAGAAUGGUCUGGACAAGACACGCCUUCUCAAGAAAGAUGCCCCCAUCAGUCCAGCCUCGAUCGCAUCCUCCAGCAGUACUCCUUCCUCCAAAUCCAAAGAACUUAGCCUUAAUGAAAAAUCUACCACUCCUGUGUCGAAGUCCAAUACCCCUACUCCACGAAGCGAUGCACCCACCCCAGGCAGUAAUUCCACUCCCGGAUUGAGGCCUGUCCCCGGAAAACCGCCAGGAGUCGACCCCUUGGCCUCGAGCCUAAGGACCCCAAUGGCAGUACCUUGUCCAUAUCCGACCCCCUUUGGGAUCGUGCCGCACGCUGGGAUGAAUGGGGAGCUGACCAGCCCCGGAGCUGCCUACGCGGGGCUGCACAACAUCUCCCCGCAGAUGAGCGCCGCCGCGGCCGCUGCAGCCGCAGCCGCGGCCUACGGGAGAUCGCCAGUGGUUGGAUUUGACCCACACCAUCACAUGCGUGUGCCAGCAAUACCUCCAAACCUGACAGGCAUUCCAGGAGGAAAACCAGCAUACUCCUUCCACGUUACUGCGGACGGUCAGAUGCAGCCUGUCCCCUUCCCCCCGGACGCCCUCAUUGGCCCCGGCAUCCCCCGCCACGCUCGCCAGAUCAACACCCUGAACCACGGGGAGGUGGUGUGUGCGGUGACCAUCAGCAACCCCACGCGACACGUGUACACGGGCGGCAAGGGCUGCGUCAAGGUCUGGGACAUCAGCCACCCCGGCAACAAGAGCCCCGUCUCUCAGCUCGACUGUCUGAACAGGGAUAACUACAUCCGUUCCUGCCGAUUGCUCCCUGAUGGUCGCACCCUAAUUGUGGGAGGGGAAGCCAGUACCCUGUCCAUUUGGGACCUGGCGGCUCCCACCCCGCGCAUCAAGGCAGAGCUGACGUCCUCGGCCCCCGCCUGCUACGCCUUGGCCAUCAGCCCCGACUCCAAGGUCUGCUUCUCAUGCUGCAGCGACGGCAACAUCGCCGUGUGGGACCUGCACAACCAGACGCUGGUGAGGCAAUUCCAGGGCCACACAGACGGGGCCAGCUGUAUUGACAUUUCUAACGACGGCACCAAGCUCUGGACGGGCGGCUUGGACAACACGGUCCGGUCCUGGGACCUGCGCGAAGGGCGGCAGCUGCAGCAGCACGACUUCACCUCCCAGAUCUUUUCUCUGGGCUACUGCCCAACUGGAGAGUGGCUGGCGGUGGGGAUGGAGAACAGCAACGUGGAGGUGCUGCACGUCACCAAGCCCGACAAGUACCAGCUCCAUCUCCAUGAGAGCUGCGUCCUGUCACUCAAGUUCGCCCAUUGUGGCAAAUGGUUUGUAAGCACGGGAAAGGACAACCUUCUGAAUGCCUGGAGAACACCUUACGGGGCCAGUAUAUUCCAGUCCAAAGAAUCCUCAUCGGUGCUCAGCUGUGACAUUUCUGUGGAUGACAAAUACAUUGUCACUGGCUCUGGGGAUAAGAAGGCCACGGUUUAUGAAGUUAUUUAUUAAGGACAAAUCUUCAUGCGAACUGGACUCCUCCUUGUAGCACUUUGUUCUGUCAUCCUUCUGUUCCCCCGCAUCCGAAACCAAGGAUUUCCAGUACUCAUUGCAGUCGUGGAGCUCAGUCCCCGCCUUCCCCCACUUCCUUCCUGCUGUUGAAUUGUGAAUACUCGUUAAGAACCUGUGAUACCAAAUCUUCAGCUAUCUACUCGGAAGAACAUGGAUAAACCCUACUUAACAGUGAAAGGAAUCUUUAAUUAUGUAUUAUAUCUGUAAUAUAUUUAUUUUGUUUAAAGAAGGCUUUCUAACAAUGACUGACUAAAUAAAGCUGUCUGCUCCUGCAUUGAUAAUGAAGAUGCGUUGUAUUUGAUACCCCUCCCCCCCUUUUUUUGGCAAAGGAGGGGAAAGGAAGGUCUAAAAUAACUGAUUAAAAAUGUCACUAAAUGUAGACUAAUGACUGUAUAGAGAUGUGAAAUGUAUAAUUACAUAUGGAAGCAAUAUGUUGCUGUGUUGUUAGAUGUUUUUGUUUUUUACUUAUUUUAAAGAUGUUUGGAAAUUUGAAUAAUUAGAAGGUGACAGACCAUGUCAUAUUCAUUUGAGUCUAUUUGGACAACUUUAACCAAUAUAUCUAUAGCUUUAGAUUAUAUUCGAUAAAAGUAAUUGGACUUUUUCUUUUUUUCUUUUUUUGACUUGUUGACAAGUGUCUUUGUAAUAUGUUUUUAAUUCCCUUUUUUAAAUUGUAUUAUAGACAGAUGAACAAAUUAAAUUUGGCCUCAAAGUGAGAACUUAAUCCCUUCUGGGUAUUUUUGCCACAUUUCUUUGCAGAGGGAGAUGUAUACCUUUGGGCAGUUUUGUCAACACGAGAAAUGAUGGGUUAUUUUUUGGCGUGUUCUUUGGGAACUGCACAGAUUCAGGGGAGGAUUCCUCCCACUGUGCAAGUCAAGUCUUUUACAAGACAAGGAGCAGAGGAGGAUUUGCAAGGACCUCCCUCUGAAAAUCAGAAAGAAUGGACUCUCACCUGGGAUGAGAACUUGCUUUCUUUACCUCCGGUUCUUUCCAUGUCUUAGCUGGAUGUCCCUGAAAUGGACACAGGCUGUGCCAUUGUGCCAGAAACAUUGUUGUUAACUUUUAUGUUGUUGUUGUUGCUGUUAAACUAUGAUAUGUGACUCCUUUUUUUUUUAUUAUUAUUUUUUGUUUGAAUGCUUUAAAAAUCCUUUAAGUCUGUGGAUCUGCUGAUGUACAGUGCCUUUGCUGCUAUGGAUCAAAAUCAAGAGAACUGUGUAGAUAAACUUUAUUGUAUAAGUAGAAAAUUACUUAAUUUCAUACUAGAAAUGGAUGGAUGCUGCAAGUUGAAAUGGAUUGUCCAUUGACGUUCCUAAUGUGGUAGCAGGAAAAAAAAAAUGGUGUCUUAAGUGCUUAGUGUUUGAUGUCUUUAACAGUUUCGUAAAACUCUACAGUGUAGAAAGAUUUUGAUACUAAACUGUGCAUUGUACAUAGUUCUAAUGCAUUGUAUUGACCACCAGUACUUCUAUAAUGGUAGAUUGUUUGUGCAUUCAGACUUUUAAGCAUUAAACAUAAAUAACUUCUA